CAAGGGGUUACACCUCUAGGAAUUGGGAUGAUUCUCAGGUAAGCUAACCGCGAGGCUAACUAUACGCCUGCCCCUCUACGCUACCGGCACUUCACACAUGCGUGAUACCCAGACCUGGAUCGCAGGCGCACGCAUGAGCCGAAUCCGCGCGUGUACGUCCAACACCAGCGAACGCGCCAUCACGAACUUCGACCAUCGAUUUCGCACCGACUCACGUCGGGGCAGUGACUCGGAGCGACCAUGCCAGCUCGCCCGGGAGUCCUUCACGGCACCGUGAAGGGGAGUAAUAACAGCCUAUCUAUAAAAAAGGGGUCUGCCCAACCCUCUGACUCCAGAAGCCCAGCCCAGCCCAACCGCGCACGCCAUGCACGACCUGCCGGCGCUCGCCGAGAGGCAGAGUCGCCUGUAAAACUAUUACUACCGUCGCACUGCUACCAUGAACCCGGACGCGCCGCCCCCGCCCCCGCACCCGCGGCGCCGGGGCCGGGAGCGGCGCGCAGAUCUCGCUGCAGCAUUUUUCGCCGCGGCAGCCCGCGCGCCGGCAUUCCGCGGCCCGCCAGCUCCCGGGGCGCCGCUCGUCGUGAUCCCGGAGUCGCUGUUCCCGGCGGUGGCGGCGCUCGGCGCGAUCGACCCGGCGCUCGGCACGUGGCUGCGGGCCGAGCUGCCCGGCAAGUCGCGCCAGCAGAUGCGGCUCGUCGUGCUCGGCCACGUCGGGCGCAUGUGGCCGCGGCUGCCCCCCUGGGCGCGCUGCGCCGUCACCGACAGCAUAGUCCUGGCCGACCGCGAGAUCUCCGCCGAGGCGGCGCCGGGCGGCGCCGCACGGGCUGUCUAG